AUGAGGAAGAUCCGAGAUCAAAUUACUGAAGCAUACGUGACCACUGACAAUAACAAAAUUCAAGACACCAAUGUUACGACAUUACCAACUCAAGAUUUUGAUUGUAUUGAAACUACAGUUUCCAGUAAUAUUCCUCAAUUAGAUUCCCAUAUAAAAUUAAACUUAACUAUAGCAAUUAAUACUUCUCCUAAAAUUCUUUCUAACCGCACCGCUGAAGAUUGUGCAGACAGUGUGGAUAUUAAAACUGAUGAGCCGUUGGAAAAUCAUGAAACAGGCAACAUUAUAAAAAAUUCUAACUUAGCGGAUUUCAAUAUUGAAACUCUACAUGAAAAUGCCGACACGCCAUUGUUAAACAGCGACAACACCAAAAAAGACCCUAAACAAGAAUUUGUAAAAAAUAAUCAUUUACCAUUAAAUCAAAAAGACAGUGAUGAAUCUAUUGAACGAAAUGCUAAAGAUACUCGAAAUCAGUUUAUUGAAAAUGAUGAUAAUAGUGAAAUAGAUAGGUACAAAAAUUUUGAACGUCGUCCUCAUACGAUUGAAAAGUUUAAAAGUAAUAAGAAAAGCGAAGAAAGUGAAGAAGAUGAUACGCAAAAUGACGACAGGUAUAGAAAAAAAGAUUCCUAUGAAGACAAAAGCAAAAGUGAAGAAAGUGAAGAAAAUUCACAAAAAGAUGGCAGGUAUAUAAAAAAAGGUUCCUAUGAAGAUAAAAGUAAAAGCGAAGAAAGUGAAGAAGAUUCACAAAAGGGCGGUAGAUAUGAAAAAAAGGAUUCCUAUGAGGAUAAAAGUAAAAACCAAGAAAGUAACGAAGAAGACUCACAGAGGGAUGGUAAAUAUAGAACAAAAGAUACUUACGACGACAACAGUAAACAAUAUAAUAAAAAUUCUUAUGAAAAUAAGAAUGAACAUUAUAAAGGAAGCGAGAACAGCAAUGAAAGAAAAUAUUUCAAAAAAAGCAAUGAUAGAAACGAAAAUCAGUCAAGCCAUGAGAGUGAAGAACAAAAUUCUUCUCGAGAUAAUCAUUCUCCUUAUAUAUCAGGAUCUGAAGACAGCAAUGAAAGUAAGAAAAAAAUAUAUCCAAACAGCGAUAAAUUAAGUGAUACAAAAUCGUAUUUAAGGAAUGAUGAUAACGAUGAAAAAUAUUCUUCUAGAUAUACUGACGAAACAUCUGUGGAGAACAGUAAUGAAAGUGAACGAAAAUUAUUAAACCCAACAAUUGACUAUAAAAAUUAUGACCCAAUCUAUGUUCAGAAUAAAAGUACACUGCCUAUUAUUCAGGACGUUGAUUUAAACGACUUCAGCUAUGAAAGAAUUCAAAUAAAUAAUAAAGGACAAAUAGAACCAACCAAAGACAUUCACGAAUAUAAUGAUGAUAGUAAUAUUUCAAAAGAAGUUUCACAAUCAACUACAUUUAAACCAGAGUCAUUAGAAUCAAAUGAAAAAUAUUCAGAUACAGGACUGAGUAGUGAAAGUAAAGAAGAGAAUAAACAGCCAAUACGAAUAAAUGAUGGCGAAAUUAAACCGGUUGUGGAAAUUACAGUAGAAAACAAUAGCGAAUCAAGCGAAGCUGAAAGCAUUAAAGAUACAGAAGACAAAAGCCUUGAAACAUUUCUGGGAAUUAAAGAAAAUAGCGACCAUAGCCAAAAUGAGAAAAUAGUUACACAGAACGAGAAAGAACUGGAAAUUGGUGACGUUAAACAACAAUUUGAACGAAUUCCGUUAAAUUACAAACAUGAUGAAAAUAAUGUGUCAGAAAAUAAUGAAAACAAUCUUCAUGAAACUACAACUAUCACUAAUAAUGAAGACAAAACACAAAACGAAGGUACUUUGGAUACUUUGUCAGCUACAGAUCCACAAUAUGAUAAACACUUAAACUUUAAAUUCGAUGAAAUUGCAAUCAAAUUACCUGAAAUAAAAUUACCAGAUGAUAUUUUAGCAUAUCCAUAUGAUGAAUCUCCAUAUGGCAUUGGAGCUCAAAAUAGCAAACAAAAAAAAACACAAGAGAAUACAAAAGCAAGGUUUUAUGAUUACGAUGAUGACGAAGAUAGAGAUGAAAAUGUAAGCGAAAAAAAGAAAAAUCAGGACGUCGAUGAUUAUGGAUACCACGGAUAUUAUGGCAAAUCUAAAGAAAAUGACGAAUACAAAAAGGAAAGAAAUGAAGAAGAAGAGGAAGAUGAUGAUUACGUGGAUUUGUAUGAAAAAUUUGUUCGAGAACGGUUUGGAAAAAAAGGAUCAUUUGAAAAACGCUCUCAAAAAUUAAAAGAUGCAACGCAAAUACCGGAAAAUACUAAAUUGUACCAAACUGUACAUGAUGUUCUUAAAAAAACACAAGACGUCCAGAAACAGGCAGAACGUAGUGGAGAUCCAAAUGCAGGAUAUAUGUGGACUCUUGAGUAUGGACAAAAUUUAUAA